AUGCGUGCGUAGGCCGCCACCAGGCUUCUGGACGACAUGUGCCAUCUGACCGCUCAGUCGCUGAACAGGUUGGAGACGUCGGAGCACUUCCAGGUGGUCAAGAUGUUAGGCGAAGGCUCGUACGGGAAGGUCAUGUUGGCCGUGCACAACAAGAGCGGAAGCCCGAUGGCCCUGAAGUUCUUCCCUCGCGUGACAACGUGCCUCUGCGCGUUCCUGCGCGAGUACAACGUGUCUUUGAGGUUCUGCACGCACCCGUCUCUGAGUCGCGCUCUGGGCAUCGCCUACCUGACGCCGUCGCACUACGUGUUCGCGCAGCAGGCCGGCCUCUUCGGCGAUCUGUACGACUUCAUCGUACCCGAGGUGGGCGUGGAGGAGGACCAGUGCCAGCGGGUGGUGUCCCAGCUGUGCGGCGCCCUGUCCCACCUUCACUCGCUGGGCUUCGUCCACAGAGACGUCAAACCCGAGAACGUCUUCCUGUGCGACGCCGCCUGCCGAUGGGUCAAGCUGGGAGACUUCGGCAUGGUGAAGGCCCGAGGAACCAAGGUCCCGGAGGUGUGGUACCGCUCCCCCUACUGUACCCCCGAAGCCGAGGCGGCGCGAGGCACCGAGGACAGCGGCGGCGAUCAGAAUGACGCAAAAGAGCGAGCGAAGCCAGGAAACGAGAAGAAGAAGCGACACCCGCGAGUUUGGGCCUCCGUGGAGCCCAGUGUCGACAGCUGGGCCCUGGGGGUCCUGACCUAUGCCAUGCUGACGGGCGCCCACCCGUGGUCCCACACGUCCUCUGACUGCGGCGCCUACCUCAAGUAUCUCCAGUGGUUCCGCACGGCCAAAGGUCUGGAGGACGAACUGGACGUGUGGGCAGAACCGCAGCGCCAGGGCCCCGACGGCUCCCCGGCGGAGUUCGGUGGGAAGGGGCAGCCCCCCGUGGCUCCCCAGUUUGCCCGCUUCACCCCGCUGGCCCGCGCUUUCUUCCGCCUGCUGAUCGACCCUGGCCCGCAGGACCGAGGGCGGCCCGAGGACGCGCUGGGGUACCUGGGGGGCGCCUGGGUGCCGGCCGGGGAAAGAGAACAACUGGAGAAGCAAAGGAAGAAGAGCCCAGGAAGAGGAGCUGUGAACAAGGUGAAGGAGAAGGAGGGCCGAGGACAGCGGUGAACAAGGGACUCAUGUGUUGCCUAUGUUAGCUUUAACAUUAGCAUUAGCAUUAGCACUAACAAGAGGCA